GGGGCAGGCGGGUGGAGGGGACAGAUGAGGACACGGCGCUGCUGCUGUCGCGCAGGGCCACCAGCGCUGUCACCCACGAGGCAGCGGAGAGGGGAAGGCUGGAGGCGCGGAUGAGUCACAGCCGUGGGCAUCAGGUGCAAGGGGCAGCCGAGAGCGGCAGACAAACACUUGAGCUCUGUCUAGCAAAGCUCCCGUCGGGAAACGCUCCGGCCCACGCGAUUCCCCAGAGCAAGCGGCAGCUUCAGCCAAGGCACCCCCGAGUCCUCCUCCCACCCCUGCCGGGGCCAGGGCUCUGCGCUGCCUCCUUCCCCGCAGCAUCCCUGUGCUCCCAUGCCAGCUGUGCUCCCAUUCCGCUGGGCUGGGAAUGAGGGGGAACAGCCCCAGGCAGGCCCCAGGCCGGGGGAAAGAGGUUUCGUGCAUCCUGCAGGUGGGAGGAUAAGGAGGAUGGAGCUGCUCUCGCAGCUUUGCCCGUCCCCCCGUGCAGCGGGGCCGGGGCAGAGCUGAGAGAGGUUUCCUGUCACUCUCCCCCCAGCUUAGGAAGCUCCUCCACUGUCCGGGGGUAACGGUGGCUUUAGGAUGGAUCCUGCCGGGAAAAUGAUGCAGAAAGGAAAAGCAGCUCCGUCUCCGUGCGGGCACGGAGCAGGGCGGAUGCAGAGGGGCCUCCCCUCACCUGGGAUCCAGCUUCUCCCAUCCCUGGGGGGCUCAGCAGGGCAGGUUCUGGCAUCUCAUCACCUUCAGCUCUUUGCACCCAGGACACCCCCAGGACCAGGUGGGAAUUCCCACUCACACCUGGAGGACACCCCAAAAACUGAGUCAGUGGUCCCCAAAAAAGCUGAAGGGGUUUUGGGGUUUUCUUGGGGGUUGUUUGGGAUUCCCAGGCACCCACAGCAAAGGGAGAGAUCUCAAAUCAGAGCCUUGGCAAGCUCCAGGAGAAGACCUCAAACUGAGAGACAACGACCCCCUAACUGAGAGUCCUUGAUUGAGGCCCCAGUGCUGAUAGCAGGGGAGUCCCCACCUGCGGGCCCUGGGCUGCCCCACCAAUUAGCAGAGCCGGCAGCUCCUCAGGGUAAUGAGGAGCAGAUGGGCCAGGACCUAUAAAUACCCUGAGGCCCCCAGAGGACUCUAAGCCAGGUUUGUGUUGUACUCUGGAUUCUAUGGAGCAGCCCCCAAAGCCCGGCCCAGAGCAGGUCAGGGCACUGCAGCUGCCCAAGGGGUGGCUUCUGCUGGGGGCACUCUCAGAGCUGGGCUGGAGGCUCUGAUCUUUCUCUUUCUCUCUCUCCAGAUGAGGCCACCCACCAGCAGUGAUUCCUUCUCCAGCAGGUUCCUGGGCCAGGUCCUUCAGCUCAGCUUUGUCAAGUACCCGCUGAAGCUCCUUCAGAAAGCGUCCGCCUGUACUGGAUUGGUGUUCCCUGUUGAGGCCAUCAGGAGCAAACUCCGGCCCCCAUCCCAGUCCCCCACCAGGCCUGGACUCCUGGCCAGGAAGCGCCGGGGGAAACUCUUGCGCCUCCUGCUCUCCGUGACUCCCACCAGCAUCCAGAACUUCCUGGGCUACCUCCCCACGGACUGGGACCAGAGCAACAUGUCCAAGGAGAUCCGGGAGGCUCUGAUCAGCCCAGCCAGCAAAGCCAGCAAGAGGAAGAGGGAUGAUGUGGCUCUGGAGAAGCAGGAGUCCUGCUUGGUGGUGCUGGAAAGGGAUUUUCCAGAGGAUGACUCUGAAGACCGCACGUAUGAGCCCUCGGAGGUGGAGUUGGACAGUGAUGAGUACCAGUCCCAAAACGACACCGACCUGGAGGAGCAGGGUGGGAUCGCCAUGCUGGAGCCCUCGGCUGUCCAGGGCUCCGUGCUGCCUCCAGAGCCGGGAGCAGAGGAUCCAGCUGUGGCCAGCAGUGGGGAAGAUGCUCCAGAUGUGGCCAGUGGUGAUGCCUGGAAGCCAGGAGCCGCUGGGAGCAGUGAGGAUGACAGCGAGCAGUGACACAGCCUGUGACACCAGUUUG